AAUAGUUUUGCGCAUCUUUAAAGAGGUGGUUGUUUAAAUAUUUGAAGCUUUGAUUUUCAAGAAAUGAAAUCAAAUUUUAAAAUAAUUUCUCUAGUGAUUUUACUUGCAAUUUUUGCACAAAUCAUCGCUAAGCCAGCAAGAAAAGCGAAAAGAGAUGACAAUAGUUUAGAUGCAGAAAUACGUGAGCAAAUUCUACCCCCAGCUGACGGUGUCAAUUCUUUAGAAAUAACAUCAAAAAAUGUGAAGAAAGAAUUAGAAAAUGGAGGACUUUUCCAAGGUGACAUUAAGCUUUUGAAUGAACAAAAAGAAUUUCUUUCACCAAGCCCUGGUAAUUUUAUAUCAAGAACUGGUUUGUUAAAUGAGUACUAUCGCUGGCCCAAAGAUAAAAAAGGUCACGUUAUCGUCCCUUAUUACAUAGAUGGUGGAUCAAGUUAUUCUGAGAAUGAUAAGAAAAUUAUUCGUUAUGCUAUGAACGAUCUUGAAAAGUAUACUUGUGUUCGUUUCCGUGAGUGGAAUAGUGAUGAAGACUUCAUUAUGAUCUACGAUGGAUAUGAUGGUUGUUGGUCUCAUAUGGGACGAAUUGGUAAACAACAAGAAGUGGGACUUCAGAAAAAUGGAUGCAUUCAUCGAGGAACAAUCAUUCAUGAAUUAAUUCACACUUUGGGAUACGAUCAUAUGCACAGUCAUGUUGAUCGUGACGAUUACGUUGAGAUUAUAUAUGACAACAUUAAAAAGAAUGAUAUUUCUAACUUUGAUAAAGUUGAUCCCGAACUCUUCAGUAACUUUAAUACCAGUUAUGAUUUGUACAGCGUUAUGCAUUACGACAAAAAAGCAUUCUCAAAGAAUGGAAAGGCAACAAUCGUUCCUAAAGAUUCACGCUUUAGGGACUUCAUUGGACAACGUACAGGUUUAAGUAAAGGUGAUGUUACAAGAAUCAAUAAUAUGUAUCAAUGUUCAAAUAGACAUUUGCCUGAGAGUUGGACGAUUUUGAAAAAACGUGCAAUGUUUUCAAAGUUGAAAUCAUUUUUCUUUGUUUUAAAUUUAAUUUUAAGUCUGACAUUACAAGUCAAAGCGAAGCCUUUUGAUGACAAAAUUGUUUUUCGUGAUGAUGACGACGAUUUGAGUUUAUUAAAUUUAGAAAGCUCAAAUCAGCUUCUGCAAUCGGUCGACGAUCUUAGAGCAUUAAAUACCGAAGGUGAAAUUGUUCAGAAGGAAUCAGAAGAAGGAGAACAUUUCCAAGGUGAUAUAAAGUUGUUACCAGAACAAAAAGAGUUUUUACUCGCUAAUGAAAGUGAUGGUUCAUUACCGACUCGAACUGGUUUAACAAAUGAAUACUUCCGAUGGCCAAAAGAUAGAAAUGGAUUCGUUGUUGUACCUUACGUUAUAUCUCCAAAGUCACAAUACACAAACUAUCAAAAACAGCUCAUUCGAUACUCAAUGAAUGACAUUGAAAGAUACACGUGUAUUCGUUUUAUCGAGUCAUCGAAGUCCUAUAAAGAUUACAUCGUUAUAUACGAUGAUGGUGGAUGUUAUUCAAAUUUGGGUAAAAUCGGCGGUGCACAAGAACUGUCUUUGAAAAAGAAUGGCUGUUUUAGUCGUGGUACAAUCAUUCACGAGCUUAUUCAUGCACUUGGUUACGAUCAUAUGCAUUGCCAUUCUGAUCGUGACAGGUUUGUAGAAAUCCGCUGGGAUAACAUUAAAAAUGGCCGUGCAGAUAAUUUCUAUAAAGUCGAUUCCAAGAGGUUCAGUAACUUCAAUACAGGUUACGAUCUUUUUAGUGUCAUGCAUUACGAUAUGAAAGCAUUUUCAAAGAAUGGAAAAGAGACGAUUGUGCCGAGAAAUCGUCGUUUUAGAAACAUUAUGGGGCAACGUAAAGGUAUGAGUAUUGGUGAUGCACAACGAGUAAACAACAUGUAUCGAUGCCGAUUUUAAAGUGUCAAUAGUAAUUAAGAGGAACUGUAACUAAAUUCAAACUAAAUAAUAUCAAAAAUAAAGCUCAUCAAGCUUUGAUCGGUUUAAUUAAC